AUGGGUUCAGGUCUGCAGCUGGUCUGUCCUUCUGAGCAAAACAUCUACUUCAAUCUCAAUGGAGACGGCUAUUCAGAGCCCCUCAAUGGCGCUGUAGUGCUUCAACGCUAUGCAAGCAAUCUCGACACUACUAUUCAACUGCAAAUACAUCUCGUGCAGACUGUGCUAGAGGAGAGCAAUACCCCUACGGUAACUCCUGAGAAGCACUUCUUGAGACGAAUUCGCACUAUUGGAAAAGUCCCACGACCAGAGACUUCAUCUACUAAGUCAUCAUCCAUUAUUGAACAAGUGACACUUCCUGUGUUGUCAAUUGGUCAAAUUGAGGCAUCUUUCAGUGGACGUGAUACCGUGCCCAUUCCAUUUUCUGUCCCCAUUCCUGUGACUACGCCUGGGACAACAACUACGUCACUGGGGAAAAUCUCAUACUGCAUUGUCGCCACUGUGACUACCUCACAGGGAGAAAUCAUUACCACCGAGAAAUCUAUCAAUAUCACACGCCAACUCAUUCCAGACCGACAAUGCAUUCAGCAUGUCCGGUCAUUCCCCAAGUCACCUGCCAUCACCAACAUUGCUCUGUCGCAGACCAUAGCGGCAGACUUCAAGUCUGGUGUAUCUGUCUCCGCCAAAUUGUAUUUGCGGAGAGGAUUGACAGCACGCGACUCUGAAUUCAGAUGUCCUACUCUUCGAAGUAUCCACUGGCGUGUGGAAGAAGUGACCCGGUUGGUCGAUCAAACCUAUAAUAACCUCCAAGAUUCACCGGAGGAUUUCCACUGCAAGCGAGAAUCCAUUCGGGAAAUUUGCAGCGGAAAACAAAAGGGUUACUGGGGUACACGCGAUAACCCCCUAUCGAAACAGCCAAAAUCAGAGGACCAAGAUUCCGCGGUUGAUGUUACCAUCGACAUCUCCAUCCCGAAAAAUAUAAAGCUCGCCCCCAUGAUUGAUGGAUCAUGUUAUGCUUCCAGUACAGGUUCCAUUUCGAUGCCACUUGAGCUGCAAGAUCAGUCUCAGAACAGCCUUGAGAAUUUGGCGAUCUUGAUCGAGCACCGUCUUAAGCUUGACUUUGUCACGGGCGAGGACACGUUUGAUGCUCGUUCUAAGAACUUGGUUGAUCGCAAGCCUUUGAGGCCUACUUUGUCUGCGCACUUUCCUCUUAUUGUUGGAGAGACCUUUAAGUGCGAUUUUGAAGCUAUUGCCUUUAGCAACCCGCCGAGAUAUGAAGAGAUUCCGUUGUCACCUCCGGAAUAUACACCAUGUGUGUGA